AUGAUCCAAAUUACAGCGUGCAAGAAGCCAGGGCCUAAAGGUUGUGAGAAGUACGAGCUCAGUGGCAAAGUUCGUCGAGACGAAGAUACUUCUGCGGCUGUUGACCAAGCUGCUUCCGCGACUGUUGACGAGGCUUCGUCCGAGACUGCUACUCAGGUCGACCCUGGAACCAUCAAUUACAACCAAGACGCUCCCGAGGGAUUUGUUCAGACUGCUGAUGUCAAUGGCGACGACAACACCUGCGCAACACAGGGCUGCUCCGAGGCCUUGCCGUAUUGCCUCAAGGCGUGCGGCUUUGGUCCCCACUGCGAGGGUUACUGCGCCUGCUGCGUCGAGGCUCCUCAAGAUUGCGAUCAAUGGGAGUUCACCGACCACGACAUUGCUCUUGCUGGCCCGGAGACUGCCGACUAUGAGCAAGUCGCUGCCGCUGCCAACGCUCGGGAGGGAAGCGACGACGACGACGUCAACAGCGAACACUGUAAAGCUUGCCGCGAUGCCGGGUACGAAUGUAGCAAGAAGUGCGGCGCCGACGAUAUGAUCUGCAAGGCUCUGUGUCUGUGCGCGAGCACUGCGGAAGACAACUGCGGCAAGUGCAGGUCCGUCGACUGCCCCCGCACUUAA